AUGGAAGAGCGUAAACAGCUGACAACUCCUCUACCUACCCUUCUAGGAACUCUAACCCCAGAAGAGCGCCAAGUUCUUGUCCGAUUCAAAGAAGCACUGGGAGGAAAUUUUGAUGACCAUACCUUAGGCAGAUUUCUACGUGCCAGAAAGUUCAACUUUGAUAAAGCGAUGGAGAUGUUCCAAAAUUAUCUAAAGUGGAGAGAAGAGUUCCAAGUCGACCAAAUCAUGUCUUAUGAGUUUCCAGAGCUUGAACAGGUAAAAACGUGCUAUCCUCAUGGCUUUCAUAAGACGGAUUCACAUGGGAGACCUAUUUAUAUAGAAAGGAUUGGGGCGCUCGAUUUAAAGAGGCUGUUUGAAAUUACGACAGAAGAUAGGAUGCUAAGAUACUUCGUUAAAUCGUAUGAAACUAUGCUUAGUAUAACAAUUCCAGCAUGUGCAGUAGCUGCAGGACAUCCUGUAGAGCAGUCGUUGACGAUUUUGGACCUGGGAGGGUCUUCUAUGAAGCUGAUGAGCAAGAAGGUGUACAAGUUUGUGCAGAUGGCUUCUAAAAUUGGUCAGGAUUACUACCCAGAAAUGCUUGGAAGGAUGUUUAUUGUGAAUACUCCAACACUGUUCUCGAUGGCUUGGAAAGUGAUAAGACCAUGGCUUGAUGAGAGAACUCAACAAAAAAUCAGUACUGAAGGCAGCAAAUUCCAAAAAAAAUUAUUAGAACUUGCCCCUGCAGAUAACGUUCCACAAUUCUUAGGAGGUAAUUGCAAUUGUCAAGUAGGCUGCCUUAUGAGUAACGCAGGACCUUGGAAUGACCCUCUUAUCCAAGCACAAAUAGGCACCGCAAACAUCCGCAUUGCAGAAGUCGAGCCACAACGUAAAUUGGCAGCAGAAGAAGAGAAAAAAGAAUAA